AUGUUUUCUUCCUCAGGACCAGCUCGUGACUCGUGCUUGAACGCCAUCAUCGUUGCUCUGAAUGAGACGAGCGACGGGAAGAGUUGGUACACUUCCACCAAGGAACGACAGUUGGCAUCCUUGGAGUUCUGCAUCGCCUGCAGAAACCAUCAGACGUUGGACUUGAAAGUCGACUCAAGAACCCCACGCAGGCUGCUUGCCGCUGCGGAUGCCCCACCCCCGCACCCGAAGCGACUGUGUGGAACGCGCGUGCCACGACUAAGAGCGCGCCGCGUGACCUGGGACAUCCCGACAGCAGCAGGAUUGAGAAACUCGAUAUAUUCAAUGAUGGACGCGGACUCCCUGGAAUUCGUCCGUGCUUUUGAAGACAGCCUUGAGGCUGUGGCAUGGCCACGACGGCUGAAAACGGUUGAGGUUUCGGGAAUCGCUGAGGUAGCUAAAUUUCACGACAAGUCUCUUUUCGACCAGCCUAUCGCCGGCGUCGUGUGGCCGGACACCCUGGAGCAACUCACGUUUGGUCUUUUUCUCAACCAGCCGAUUGAAUGGUGUACCUUUCCGGCGUCGCUCGAGGAGCUUUCUUUUGGCGCAUUUUUCAGGCAGCCCAUGGAGGACGUUACAUGGCCAGCUUCGCUUAACAGGCUCGACCUCGGAUGUGUUUUCAACCGGCCAGUUGAUAACGUGAAGUGGCCGGCAUCCUUGGCAGAAGUUUGUUUUGGAGUGCGCCAGGAAGUUUUAGGUGAUGUGGUGGUUACAUCGAAGUUCAAUCGGCCUAUCGGCGCGAGCGCUUGGCCUAAGGCGAUGCACCGACUUACGCUAGGUCAGAAUUUCAGGCAGUCACUGCAAGAACUGGGGACAUGGAUGCCCAACCUUGAGACAUUUCAUCUUCUUCAUCAUAUACAUGAUUCAGGUACCGAAGAUAGCUUUCUCCGCGGAAUCGAAUGGCCUAAGGGCCUUCGUCAGCUUGCCGUGUGUAGACUCUCGAGCUUAGCCGGGGUCGUAAUUCCUUCAACUGUAGAGGCUUGCACCUUUAAAAGGAUACCCCAAAAUGGUUAG